GAUUCUCUCCGUUUUUUCCUCAUAAAGCCAGGCGUCCCUUCCUAGCUCCUUCCUCGAGUAGUUAACCCCCAUCCCAUCGGCUGCGGUAGGCCGUAAAAGCCGCUUCUGAGGUCCAAAAGCUUCUCAGAAUCUCAUGUCAAGUUCAGCGUUGUCGUCAUCUUCCACAAGCAUGAAGAUUGGGUUUGUGGGAUUUGGCCGCUUCGCGCAAUUUCUGGCGAAGACAUUUGUCAGACAAGGGCACACUCUUCAUGCUACUUCUCGCUCUGAUUAUUCCACCCUCUGUUCCCAAUUAGGGAUUCAAUUCUAUAGGGAAGUGACCACAUUCCUUGACGCCGACAACGACGUCGUACUCAUCAGCACAUCUAUUCUUUCCCUACCAGAGGUUCUCAGAUCCAUGCCACUUGAUCGACUCAAAAAACCUGUACUCUUUGUUGAUGUACUUUCAGUCAAAGAGUUUCCAAGAGAAGUUCUACUACAGGUUUUGCCGGAGGAAUCGGAUAUUCUCUGCACGCACCCAAUGUUUGGACCAGUUAGUGGCAAUGAUGGGUGGAGAGAUCUCAAUUUCAUGUACGAAAAAGUUCGAAUCAGAGAUGAAGAUAUCUGCUCCAAUUUCCUCAAAAUCUUUGAAAGCGAAGGUUGCAGAAUGCUGGAAAUGACCUGCGAGGAACAUGAUCGAUUAGCUGCCAAGAGUCAAUUCAUCACACAUGCCAUAGGCAGGGCACUGGGAGAGAUGGAAAUCACGUCCACACCUAUCGACACCAAGGGCUUUCAGACACUUGUUCAAGUGAAGGACACCGUAAUGAGUAGUAGUCUUGACCUCUUCAGCGGAUUGUUCAUGCAUAACAGAUUUGCCAGACAAGAGCUGGAAAACCUUGAAAAUGCCUUGCACAAAGUCAAGGAGAUGCUGAUUCAAGAGACGAAUGAGGAGCAAGAGAAGACUGAAUGUUGAUGCUUUGUAUUGUUGACGAUUAAGCAGCAUUCCUGAGCUAUGUAUCCUCUUUUUCAAUUUCUAUCCCAUCCUAUGCCCUACAUCAGUCUAAAUCUUUCAUAUUUCUUUAUAAUAAAUUUCUCGUAGGGCUUGGAGAGAUAGGGACAAACUUCUUAGACACUUGUUUUUAUGUUGCAUUAUUUCCGAACUCUACAAGAUGUUCACCAUCAAGAUUUGUAAAAGAUCCUUCUACUAUAAAAUUGAUCUUAUUUCUAUUUUUUUUUGGGCAAAUUAAGCUUCUGCACAAGGCUGAACAAACAAUGGGGCAGCUUUUGAAUAAAACUCAAAUGGCCGCAGGCGAGUUUCAAUAAUAACCAUCAAUCACUUGUUACCAUUCCAGGAUUUCUGCCCACAGACUGCAGGAUGUACUCAGUAAACUCAGAUUGUUCAUCCUUGCGAGAAAUGCUAUCUGAGCAUCACUAAAAGUAUGUACUACCCUGGAGGAAGGUGCACUGCUCCAUAAUCCUGGAUAAAGACGUUAAAAUGUAGACUGGACAGUCCAACGUCGCUCGUGGUCACGUAGUUUUGUUGGCUAAGAAAAUAAGAUUUAUCAAGAGGCGUCACUGGAAUUCAACAACAUCGUUUCGAGACUUUUUUUUUUUUGUUCACGUGACUUGCAACAAUAAUGUUUGCUGCUAUACUCACUGAACUGGGAGAAUCAUAUAAAAUGGUAUACAAUUGAGUAGUGAAAGGAAUAUGUGUUCGUCAUAGAGAUAUAAAUAAACAUGAAAUGAAGAAA